AUGCCCUCUAAAUCCUCCAAGUCCUCCAGCUCCAGCUCCGGCUGUGGCUGCCGCUGCUUCUCCUUGAAGACCCUCAGCUUCCUCGCCAUCUUCCUGGCGCUCUUCUCCGCCGUCUACCGCUACCUCGACGCGCGCCUCGAGCAAUUCUACAUCUUUGACCCCGAGCACCUGCACGACCUCUCCCAGCGCGCCAUCAGCACCCAUGGCGAAGACACCCGCUCCAUCGUCAACUUCAUUGUUGCCGAGCUAGAGCAAAAGGUCGGCCCCAACUAUCUGAGCACCGAGGAGGAGUGGGUGUUCAACAAUGCCGGCGGUGCCAUGGGCGCCAUGUACGUGAUUCACGCCAGUAUCACUGAGUACCUGAUCAUCUUCGGCACCGCUAUCGGUACCGAGGGCCACACCGGCCGCCACACCGCCGACGACUACUUCAACAUCCUCCAGGGUACCCAGCUGGCCUACGUUCCAGGCGAGUUCAAGCCGGAGGUUUACCCAGCCGGUAGCGUGCAUCACCUGGUUCGCGGCGAGGUCAAGCAGUACAAGAUGGACGAGUCUUGCUUCGCGCUCGAGUACGCUCGUGGCUGGAUCCCUCCCAUGCUGUUCUUCGGCUACGCCGAUACUUUCUCUAGCACCUUGGACUUCCCCACCCUGUGGGCUACCUCGCGCAUUACUGCUCGCGAGAUGAUCUCCAACUUGCUGCAAUUCAAGCUGUAA